AGUGAAAAAAUGCUGACGGCCAUUUUGUGAUCUAAAAACUUCCGCGUUUGCAAUACCAUUGAACGUGAAUGAACACAAAGAGUCGUAGUUUAAAUUUGUUUACCGAGAUGGCUAAGUUGAGAAUUAAUCGGAAAAUUGAAAAACCUGGCUCUGUUGGAUGUAGUGGUAUAUUUCUUCUUCUGGUUGCAAAUUUCCAGGUUGUUGCGACUUCAGUAACAUGGACAGCACCUCCUCCUCAGUGGACUCAGACGGAUCCAAAUGAUAUCAGAACAGUUGAUAAGCCAGUGUUAAAUGGAAGUACUCAGGUGUCUCUGAGGUGGAGUUACACUCUGUUAGCUGGUUUACUGUUAUCAACUCCAUUUUCUAUACAGUUGAAUGAUAGCAGCUUCGAUGAUAUUGGAACGAUAACUGGUGGUAAUGCUGUAGUGUUUAACAAAAAUGAUUACCCAACACGUUUUAAUAUCAGUAGAGAUGAACUGGCCACCUUGAUAAUAAACAAAGUCACUGAAAGAGAAGAAGCAGUUUACCAAUGCAAGCUUACAACGGAUUUAAACCAAUGGAGUUACAGGAUACGAGUCAUUGUAACAGUUCCCAUCAAGCUAACUAGUGUAAGAGACCAGACAGUGUGUGAAGGAACAAACACAACAUUGUUUUGUGAAGCAACUGGUAAGCCGACACCAAGUAUCACCUUGAUCAGAGUGCUGAAAGAUGGUAGUGAUGGUGAAGUACUGCCUCAGGGGCCCACUUCGAGUUUUUCAAACAUCAACCGAACUGCUUCUGGAAUAUACCGUUGUACAGCUAAGAAUGAAUAUCAAACUGAUAGCCAAGUUUUUAAAGUGAAUGUUACAUAUCCUGCCAAGAUUGUUAACCUUAAAAGUGAACAUGAAGUUACAGCACAACAAUGUGAACCUCUUGUAUGUCAAGCAGAAGGAAAUCCCGAGCCUAGUUACACUUGGACACCAUGUGAUUCACAGCAAAGUGUGUGUCAUCAAAGCGUGCUACAUUUUCAAGCCAGUAAUAAAAGCGUGUACACAUUUACCUGCAAAGUGGAAAAUUACCUGAGCAGCGAUACAAGAAAUACCACUGUUUUCAUAGCAAGUGAUGUAAUUAAUGUGACCCUGGUUGUCAUUGGUGUGGAAAGCAAUAAAUUAUUGGAGAAACUCAGGGAAACGCUCAAGGAAAUCUUCGCUGGUAAAUUGGAUUAUGAAAGUGUGGAACAGAAAAAUAUCAGAGAAACAACGAAAAAUUCUAACGGGGUGACGAAUGUUAUUGUUGAUGUGGCCAUGAAGUUCAGUUCAACUGUAAGAGAAAGAGACGUAAUCGUUAUACUUCGAGAUGCUGCUAACAGUGGAGGGUUUGGAGAUUUUAAUGUGAGUUCCAUAACAGGCACACGAGAUACAGGGAUACCAGCCACCAUGACCACAACACCUACCGGCUCACCUAACAGUAAGUAGUCCAUCAUAUAUUUUGAUUUUGUAUUGGAUGGACUGGUGUCUUCUCCAAAAAACUAUAAAAAUCCAAACGUUUUGAGUUGGUUAGACAAGAUAGCAAAAGAUCUUUUGCAUCCAUGUAUUGCUAGAUUAAAUGGAGGGAUC